AUGCGCUCCACUACUAUCGCUGCGUUCCCUCUCUUCUCUCUUGCACUCGGUGCUGUCAACUGGAGUGCUUUCGAGUCAUGUGUGACUGAAAGUGCUACUACAUCUGUCAAAUCAGUGUCGACCUCAUCAUCCACUACAACUGUUCAACAGCCCGAUGUUGUAAUCAAGCAUACCUUCCACCCCCAACACCUCCUGACCCCAGGAGCUUUCACAAAGACCUGGACCCAUACCUUCCAUGAGACAGACACUGCCGUGUCUACCAUUACCGUCCACUUGACACACACCGAACUUGUGCCGACUUCGACUAUUGUGAACACCUACACGCAAAGCCAUGUGUCUAGCGUGUACACCACUGUUCCAGUUCCCUCUGGCUUCAAGUUUAUCAACUCUGCUUCCCAAAGUGCACAAUCGCAGAGCAGCUCAUCGGCUAUCGCUUACAAGGCUAGCUCCAGCCUCUCACAGUCGCACGCUGUGCCUACCGCUUCCGCCUCUGCUAGUGGCAACUUCAACAUGACUGCUAUGGCUUCUGGUGCUGCUGCACUGGGUGUCUCUGGCAGCGCUGAUGGUGGUGCCGAUCUAGAGGCAAGAAACAUAAAGCCCAUCAAGCAGUUUGCGCACGCUGUUCACUGCCUGAAGAGUAUCCUCGUCCAGAAGACUGUUGACACCACUAUCACUGGAACUACACAGACCAGUACCCUUGCCCAGGCUACUGUGACUGCCACAGUCAGCGCGACAGUCACUGCCAUGGUCCAGCCUCAGUUUGGUCGUGGAAAGACCGCCUACACCACCUCCUGGACAACUCUGACCAAGGGUUACAACGUCUACACGAACAAGUUCGUUACCGCUGAGGUCACAUCUACCAUCAAGGUCUACGCUGCUUGCCAGACUAACAACGUGCUGAGCUCUGUUGCCUCUGUCUCCGGCAACACCAAGUACAAGACCACGGUUGCAGGCUCUGCUCAGCAGUGCUGUGAGCAAUGCCAACAGUCCAGCAACUGCGUUGGUUCCGCUUACCAGGCCCUGCUUCCUCUCGGCGGUCGCUGCCUGAUCUACUACGCCAACACUUGCCCUGCGCAAUCUGCAAAUUCUCUGCAAUACACCCUUGCCACGAACAAGCAGCCCUUUGGAACCUAUGCCCUAAGCAAUGGCAACUGCGGUUACUUCUCAGCCUCAGCCAGCGGACAGGUCUCCGCCCAUGGCCACGGCUGGUAA